AUGGGGAGCCAACAGUUGUCGCGUUCAUCUGCAUUUAACUGGGUCAAACCCUGUCACAGUUACGCUGCGAAUGGCGCAUGCGCAGUUUGUAGGCUACCCGUCAGUACCAUAGCAACCAGAGGAACGACGUCAACCAUCAACAUGGCCAAGGCAACGACUGUAAAGGAAGCCCUUACCAAAUUGGAGGAGAAGUCAGGGGAGAAAGUGAGUGAGAGCAAAGCCAUCAAACUGUAUGGUCAGGUUCCUCCUAUAGAGAAGAUGGAUGCCUCCCUGUCAAUACUCACCAACUGCGAGAAGCUCUCUAUGUCCACAAACUGCAUUGGAAAAAUAGCCAAUCUCAAUGGCCUGAAUAACUUGAAGAUAUUGUCAUUAGGAAGGAAUAAUAUUAAGUCAUUCAAUGGGCUGGAGGUAGUGGCAGGCACAUUAGAAGAGUUGUGGAUCUCCUAUAACUUGAUUGAGACACUAAAGGGAAUUGAAUCUAUGAAGAAACUCCGAGUCCUCUACAUGUCCAACAACCUGGUCAAAGAAUGGGGGGAGUUUUCGAGGCUGGCCAACUUGCCGUGCCUGGCAGACCUGGUGUUUGUUGGAAACCCUCUGGAGGAGAAGCAGUCGGCCCAGGGAACCUGGAUGGAUGAAGCCUCUAAAAGACUACCUAACCUACGGAAACUAGAUGGAACCCCAAUCAUCAAACAGGAAGUGGAUGAAGCAGAUGGAGAGAGCUGAGGAGCAUGACUAUCUGAAACCCUUUUUUAAAAAGUUUUGUAUGGUUGGUCCUGGUGCUUUUCUUUUUAUAUAAUUUUUUUACAACAGUGUUCACUUUAUUAAGGAUAGAAGAGCACAAGUUAACCAACAAAUACAGAGUUUAUGUUUUUUAGAACGCUAAAAGUUUUAAAAGGUUAAUAAUUAAAGUGGCAAUCUCAAAGAUUUACAUGUGAAGGAGUGUCAUAAUAUUCAUAUUAUUUACAGUUACUGGGGUUUCAUUACUGGAAAAAAUGCUAUAAUCUAUUUUUUUCUAAACACACAAAAGUUGACCAACUAAAUAGAAAAUCUAAUUUCACCCGGACAGAAAUCUUAGCGAUUGCCACUUUGAGGGCUUGUGGCCUGGGGACCAAAAUUGAGUUUUGAGGAGAACUUAUCAAUGGUAAUACCGGAUGAGCCGAAUACUAUUUAUGGGCCAAAACACUGUCCUACCUCAAUGAAGAAAUGACCAUAUAGGAUUUUAAUGUCAAUUGAAGCUUGAGAAAGGGGCCCCACCAUCCACAUUUCAACGGCCUUUAGGCAGGAUUGUGGAGCCAACAUUGCAGAGAGUGCUAACUUGCACGCACAAGUUGUGUUUGGCACUUUGUUUCAGGUGUUCCAUUUUCAUUUUUUUACAAUUUGUAUACUGUAUUUUGCAGUUGUCAUCUCAUUUUGGAUGUAUGUUUUAAUAAUUUCAAAUAAAUGCUAUUAAAGUAUA